GUCCUUUAUAGUUACCCCCAUCCUGAAGUGUCCAGCUAGUGUUGUUUUAGAUCCACUUCUUCUUCCCUGGGCUCUAAUUCAUGAUAUUAGCAUUCCCAGAAAUGCACUGCUUCUUGUUCUUUUUCUUCUGUUGUGACCUUCGACCGUGUGACGUCAUCGGCCAGUGUUCAUGUUGCAUUCUGGGUACUGGAAUGUUGAAACGGCCCUGGGAGCUUAGGGAACCCUCAUGGAGCUCUAAAUAAGGCCUCAACAGGCCACAGGAAGCCUUGUGCGCUGAUACAAACGGGCCAACAUAUUACUGAAGAGCUAGAAAAAAAAAAAAAAAAAAAAAAAAAACACCAGGACAUCCAGAUGAUGGUAAAAAUAAGCUGGGAAGAUGACAGGGCUAAGUCAGCUAAUUUUCCCCUUUAAGAUCAUGCCAUUUGUGGAGUUUGUUGCAGGAUGGAUUUCUGGAGCCCUGGGAAUAAUGGUUGGUCAUCCUUUGGACACAGUAAAGGUGCGGAUACAAACUCAGGUGCAAUAUAAAGGAAUUAUAGACUGCAUUGCAAGGACAUACAAGAAUGAAAAAAUUUGGGGUUUCUUUAAAGGCAUGAGUUACCCAGUCCUCAGCACUGCUUUAUGUAAUUCCGUACUUUUUGGCUCCUAUAGCAAUGCUACGCACUACCUCAGAAUAUACAGGGAGCAAGACGGUACUGCUACCCUCAGUAACUUUGAUGUUUUUUUGUCAGGAUGCUUUGGAGGACUUGUACAAGUUCUAGUCUCAGCUCCUGUUGAUCUUGUUAAAGUACGGCUUCAGAACCAAACACACCACUAUAAACAUCAUCUUGUGGCUGGAGGGACCCCACCUAGAUAUAAAGGCCCAUUACACUGCACAGUGAUCAUUUUAAAAGAAGAGGGCGUUAAAGGAUUGUACCGAGGAGCCCUGGCACUGACUUUACGUGAUGUUCCAACAUGCGGUAUUUACUUUACGACAUAUAAACUUCUGUGUAGAGCAAUGACAGAGAAAGACAAAGACCCUGAUACACUGACAACACUAGUUGCUGGAGGCAUGACUGGGAUUUUCUCAUGGACAGCUGCCACACCGAUGGAUGUGAUAAAAGCACGGAUGCAAAUGGAUGGAAUAGAAAAAGUAAAAUAUCGUAGUGUCUUUGACUGCAUUUUGACCAGCAUAAAACAGGAAGGUGUAUGGGUACUUUGCAAAGGAAUGACUGUAAACUGUGUACGUGCAUUUCCUGUUAAUGCAGUCACGUUUCUCAGUUUUGAGGAGCUCAUGAAAAUUAUGGGUAGUCGUAGUCACUUUGGGAUAUGAUUACAGUAUGAUUCCUGAAUGGAAAAUGCAUUGCAACACUGCACUGGAACAAAUUGGCACAAUACAUUGGAAAACCAUGCUUUUCUGUGAACCUGUUCGUUACAACCUCCUUCAAAUUGACAGUGCCACAAAAGAAAAAAAAAGUUACACACAGAAAAGUAAAAAAAAAAAAAAAAUGAAUACAGCUUUUUAAUGUCUACUGCAAGCAUGGCUAAAUAUCUUCACUUGCCUCAGGCACUACAUUUCCAAUAAUAUUUGGGGCUCUGGCACACAUACUGUCAACUUCUCAGAAUUAUUCAAAUGCAACAAUAUUUUAAAAUUAUCUCUUAAGGAGAGCAUGAUGUAGACAAAUGUUGCUACAGUUGUAGCUUCAGACCAGUCAAUUUCUAAGCCUUCUUUAGUGUCUAUCCCUGGCAGAGAUAAAAACUCAGAAAGUAAGGGUCCCUUGGUCUAGUUCUUACAAUUCCACACUUGGCUUGUCUGCAAAAUCUACUGUCAAAGAGGUGGCUGCUACCUACUUAGCUGUGUCAUUGUUACCUCACUCAUGUUCUUGAGGAUGAUGAUCAAGAUGUCAUCUCCCUAAUAUCCAUACCUAGAAGUAAAAUUUAAGAAAUGAGCUGCCUGACUUAAGAAGUUGAGAGUUGGAUUUUAAGGCAGGCGGGCACGUAAUAUCUAUCCGCUUAGCACAGAUUUGCAGAGUCUUCAGGGUCUGACGUUCAAAAUUAAUCCUGUGUUGUAGAUUGAUUUAGGACUGUAAUCCUAGUCCCCUCUAAACAGUUUCCUUGACUAAGUGAAGUUUGAGGCUAUUGGACUCUACUCAGGUCUGCUGAAUGACACAUAAGCAAGGAAAAGGAUUGAGAUGCACAACAGCUGUGCGAGUCAUAAGCAAUGAUUGAGCUACUGACACUUAAGA